CACGUAACCAGCUAUAGUUAUUUUUUGAGUGAAGGUUAGAAGUGCUACAAACAAUGGCAACUAAUCAGGAAGAGGUGUCUCUUUUGGGAGUUGUUGGAAGCCCAUUUGUGUGCAGGGUGCAGAUUGCCCUCAAGUUGAAGGGAAUUCAAUACAAGUUUUUUGAAGAAAAUUUGGUCAACAAGAGUGAACUGCUUCUCAAAUACAACCCUGUUCACAAGAAGGUUCCGGUGUUUGUUCACAAUGAGAAGCCCAUAGCAGAGUCUCUUGUGAUUGUUGAAUACAUUGAUGAGACAUGGAAGAACAACCCCAUCUUGCCUUCUGAUCCUUACCAAAGAGCCUUGGCUCGUUUCUGGUCCAAAUUCAUUGAUGACAAGAUUGGGGGUGCUGUAUGGAAAUCUGUUUUCACGGUUGAUGAGAAAGAGCGUGAGAAGAAUGUUGAAGAAUCGUUGGAGGCUCUGCAGUUUCUUGAGAGUGAGAUCAAGGGCAAGAAGUUCUUUGGAGGAGAGGAGUUUGGGAUGGUAGAUAUUGCUGCUAUCUUCAUAGCAUUUUGGGUCCCUAUGGUUCAAGAAAUUGCAGGGUUGGAGUUAUUCACAAGUGAGAAAUUUCCUAAGCUCUACAAUUGGAGCCAAGAGUUCAUGAGCCACCCUGUUGUGAAAGAAGUUCUUCCUCCUAGAGACCCACUUUUUGCCUUCUUCAAAGCCCGCUACGAAAGCCUGCUCGCUGAUUCAAAAUAGAUUUAUUUAAGGAUACUUGUGUGAACAACUUGUCUCUCGUUGAGUUAUUGAUGUUUGAAUUUCAUGUCAAUUUGAUACUAUAUGUAAUGUAACUUAGGAUCUUAUUCCCA